AUGAAUUCGUAUAAAGAUUAUAUGGAUCCAGGAUUUCAACCUCAAAAAAUUACUAUCGCACGGUUGCGUGAAAUAUUAGAUGCUCAUAAUAUACAUUAUACUGGUAGAGAAAAGAAGGCUGGUUUAAUAAGAAUUUUUAAUACUCAAGUUCGGCCGCUUAUACCAUCUUUACGAGAAAAGGAAACUGGACUUACUUUAACUUCAGAAAUAAAACCAUAUUCAUAUUCAGUUCGUUCAUCGCCACGUAGAUGGUCAAUUACUUAUCGUUAUGGUGUAAUUUUUGCAAUGUUGACAAUUUUAAUUGGAUUUUUGUUCAACUAUGACUUGGGUGCUAGCUUUUGUGAUGAUGCUGAAUUUUCGAAUAUUUCAGUCAAUUACGAUGGAGUAUCAAAAGCUACUUGCAUUCCUUGCCCAUCUCAUGCUCAUUGUUCAAAGGAUAACAUCAUCUCGUGUGAUAAAGGUUUCAUAUUAGUAUCAUCUUCGAUUCAAUGGCUCAAACCUUUUACCAGUAGAUGUAUACUUGAUCUUAGUCUUGCGCGAAAAGUUAAAAAGUAUACCGAGCUGCUUAAAAGCAUUGUUGCCGAAGAAACUGGAAAAUUUGAAUGCGAAAAUGGUCUUCAAGAGAAUUUAUUGUUUCAAAAGCUCCUUGUUCCACUUCGUAAUAAGAAAUUAGUAAAUAUGGAUACUGACCAAGAUUUUGAAAUGUUCACUCGUCUUGCGUUAGAAUACUUGAAAUCUGAUGAUGAUGUUGAAGUUACAUAUGAAAAAGAGUUUGGCCGUAAAAUUAACAUAUAUAUUUUCUCAAAGAAUCCAAGACGUUCUCUUGCUUGCCAACUUAAACCCUAUCUUAUCCAUAAAAUUAAUUUCUGUAAAGCUUGGAUACCAGAGAACGCCAAAAAAAUUAUUGAGACUGACUCUAUAAUUGAAAAGACGGAAAUGACGAUAUUAACAACUUAUGACGAAGAUUAUCUCUCUGUCGCGAAAUAUUUUCACACGGGACUUCCACACAACACUAUACUUGGAAUAUUGAAGUUGAAAAUGCCAACUAAAUUUAUUAGAGAUCAUGCAGCAUAUAAAAGGCGGAACGGUUUUAUGUCGUCAUAUAUAAUGUUUCAUGGCACAAAAUCUCUAUGCGAUCCCAAGCGAUUUAUUAAAAAUCCACAAGAUACGUUUUGCAAUGAAGGAUGUGGAGUAUGUGGAAUUGUGCGAGAAGGUAACAAAACAAAAUAUGCCUCAAAAUACUACUCUGAUAAACGUCAUAUGUGGUUUGCCAAUAGUUCAUACACUUCAUAUUACUAUUGUAAUCGCUAUAGUGCUAUUACGAACGCAAUGUUUGUCGUCGAAGUUGUUGCUAAAUAUGGCGAUUCUAUAACAAUAGUUGAUUGUGAUGCGGUACACAUUCCAUAA